AUGAGUGAGAACCUGGAACAAUCCAUUCUUCGAGGUUAUCUAGAGCUGAGGUGGAAAAACAUUGCUUUAAUCGCCGUGUUUUUCACUCUAGUCGCGAUCUUCAUUGCAUGGACUCGAAGGCCCGAUGAGGAAUUACUACUUCAAACGUUGAAAGAUCUGGAUUUACCGAUUGUGGGAAAGAGACCAAAUGUUAAUGUCAGUGAGGCCUUGGAAAUUGGUACCACAACUUAUCCAAACUCACCAUAUGUUCUUCCAGUCGAUCGCGUUCCUAUCGUAAUUCUGCCCAAUUCGGUCAUUAAUACGAUAAAGUCUCUACCAGAGGGGAAAAUAUCUUUCGAAAAGGAAGUAUACACUCGACAUCUGGCUCAUCUCUUGCUCAAAAAGGACCAGAAAAUUUUCUCCGAACCGAUUCUCGAUUCAAUCAAGCAGGAUCUUACUCGGAACAUUUCGAAAACCCUUGACACGUUGUGGGACGAGGUAGAAUUCGCAUUUGAGAAAAAUGUUGGAAUUUUGCCAGAAGAUGAUGAAGGAUGGAAGACCGUGUCGGUUUAUGGCAAGGUGUUGCAUGUAGUUGCAUUGUUGUCCGGAAGGGUAUUCGUCGGUGCCCCAUUGUGUCGAGAUGAAGAGUGGAUCAAGGCGACUAUUACAUACACAGUCAUCCUGGGAGCAACUGUUGGGAUGCUCUGGAAGCGCCCUUGGUGGCAACGGAGAAUUCUUGCGCCCUUGUACUUUCGAACUUUGCAUGGUGUGCAAAAGAAGGCCGAAGAAAUGUUGAAGCCACUUCUUGAACGCGAAGCCACGGUCGAUCCCUCGGAGUGGGAAAAAAAGACAGGAGAGCAAAACGACGGGCAGCUUAUCAGGUGGCUAUUGUCACAUACCCCCCAAAAAUCUGGAAAGAUCGAUGUGAAGCAAUUAGCCCAUGAUCAGUUAACGGUGAGCUUAGCUGCUAUCCACACAACAAGUAUUACAAUAUCCCAUCUCUUGUAUGACCUGGCAACCUAUCCUGAACAUGUAGCCCCCCUUCGCGAAGAGCUUGAGUCGGUCAUUGCAGAACAUAAAGUAGCUGGGGGAAAUGGAAAAUUGAGCAAGGUGGAAUUGACCAAGUUGUGGAAAAUGGAUAGUUUCAUAAAGGAGUCGCAGAGAUUGAAUCCACCAAUUCUUGUACAGAUGCGUCGAUACCUCACCUCCCCAUUGCCUCUACCGUCAGGUCACAUCCUCCCAGCAGGAACCUACUGUGGUGUUGAUGCCCAAAUGGCAAAUCGCACUGUUCCAUACUAUGAGGCAUCUCCAAUAACGCACCAACAAGAACCAUUUGAUACCUUUGAUGGAUUCCGCUUUAGCAAGUUACGAUCAGUGCCAGGAAAUGAAAACCGAUAUCAAUUCGUUACGUCCAGCACAGAAAGUUUAAACUUCGGGCAUGGAACACACACGUGUCCUGGACGCUUCUUUGCCAGUAAUGAGAUCAAGAUUGCGCUUGCUGAGAUACUGUUAAAAUGGGAUGUGAGACUCAAACCAGGAGAAGGAAGACCAGCGAAUCUUUAUACGGACACAAACGUGAUGCCGAAUAUGAAAGGAGAAAUGCAGAUGAGAAGAAGGGAGCUACUUUGA